UCCUUAGCUUAUGGAAAUGUUUCCUUGCAGGAAGAACCCACAUCUAGCCUUUGCCACUUAGAGAUGUUUGUGCUGCUGAAAUGUCUGGCCCGGAUCCUUGCUUUUUGGAUUUCUCUGCUAGACCAAACCAGGACAGAAUCAGACCACUCUUUUAUUACAUGCUUAAGUUUAUUUUUCUGAAGUUCUACAUGUAUUCAACAAACCAUCAAUUUUAAAGGAUCUAUUAAUGCUUCGCCCUCUACACUCAAAGGCCUCUGCUUCUGCUCCUUCCCAUAGGCGCUGACAAGGCAGCUUAUGCUGGUUACAUUACUUACUUCCUCUGGAUCAUCUCUACAAUAUGGUUACAAUCUCUGGGUAGCCAGCCAUCCAUCUACGCUCAUAUCAAACUUUGACAAUAGCUCAUAUGGACAGAGGAGGAAGCAGAUCAGCGAAGAAGAAGAAGAAUAUCUUGAUUUCCUCUACACUUUCACCAUUGCAAUCUAUUCCCUUGGAGGCCUGAUUGGGUCCCUUCUGGUCAGUUUCAUGGUGGACAGAUACGGCAGGAAAGGGGCCUUGGUAAUAAAUAACAUUAUGUCUAUAUUCUCUGCUGCCUUCAUGGGAUGUUCUGCCGUGAUACAUGCCUAUGAGUACACCAUAUUUUCACGCUUGGUCACUGGAAUAUGCUCAGGACUGUUCUCCUGCAUCGUCCCACUAUACCUUGGAGAGAUAUCCCCUAAAAACUUGAGGGGGUCCAUUAUGACGGUUCCUAUGAUCUUUGUCACCGUUGGCAUCAUGGUCUCACAGAUCCUUAGUCUUAAAGAGAUCCUCGGGACUGAGAAAGGUUGGCCGCUAUUGCUGUGCUUCACUGGAAUCCUGGCAGUGUUUCAAGUCAUCAUCUUGCCCAGCUUCCCCGAAAGCCCAAGGUUUCUCCUGAUUCAGAGGAAUGAUGAGGCAAAAGCCAGGCAAGUCUUGCAGAGGCUGAGAUGCAAGGAUGAUGUGGAAAGUGAGCUCGAGGAGCUCCACCAGGAGAACGUCUCGGUAAGGGCGGAGAAGGAGAUGAAUGCGGUGAAGCUGCUGUGCAACCAAGCAAUGCGUUGGCAAAUCAUCUCCGUGGUCAUCCUCAUGAGUGGCCAACAGCUCACAGGUGUCAAUGCGGUGUUCUAUUACUCAGAGAGAAUCUAUGCAACUUUGAGGAUCAAGAAGCAGGAAGCCCGGUAUAUCACUGUGUUGUCAAGUAUUUUCCUCACAGUCUCGCUGAUGAUCGUGGUUUAUACAGUAGAUUCUGUGGGGCGAAGGAUCCUCCUCCUCACUGGAUUUGGGAUAUGCAGCAUCCUCUGCAUUCUGUUAACCAUGACCCUUGAACUUCAGGACACCAUGCCAUGGAUGAAUUACAUCACUUCAGUCUUUUUCCUCCUCUUGAUCUUUGGGCACGUCCUUGGGCCAGGUCCCAUACCCAACAUGAUCAUACUGGAGCUGUUCCUCCAGCCAUCCCGCUCCGUUGCCUUCAUGCUUGGGGGCUUUGUGCACUGGUUCAUGCACUUCAUUAUGGGGAUGAUAUUCAUUCAGAUAGAGACACGGAUUGGUUCCUACACCUUCCUCCUCUUCUGGCCUCUCUGCGUAUUCAGCUUCAUUUACACCUUCAAGGUUAUCCCAGAAACCAACGGCAAGACCUUUCUGGAGAUCAAGAAGUACAUGUCAGCCAUGGCCAAGAAGGUGAAGGUCCAGGUCCAGGUCCCAAUGCGGCGGAUGUCAAAGGAUUGA